AUGUAUAGUCUUGCCUUUAUCAUCUCAAACCCCGACGCACUUAGAAGCGCAGUACUUAUGGCGGGCAUACAUUUCGCUUUCAACGUCGGAACCCUCUCCAAGUUUGAAACGACAUUUCUUUAUCACAAGAUUGAGGCUGUACAACAAGUCAGAAAGUGGAUGUCUAGAGGAGACAUCAAGCUACUUGCUGGGAUCACCAAACAGAUCGCUACUCUGACUUUUGCGGAGGUCUGUCGAGGUGAUAUAAAAUUAGCCGAAACACACCUGAGCGUCGUAUACGCUCUUUCGAACCGAUUACGAGGUCAAGAGGAUGGCCAGUGCAAGACCAUCGAUCAAGAGCUUUCAGAUCGAUAUUUCCUUCUGACAUCCACCUUUGUACACGGCUUAAAAAGUGUUCUCAAAGGCGUCGCCGCUGAACAAGGUCACGAUGGCGACAUAUACACCAUCGAGCUAAGCACAACCAUUGACCUCCUCCACAAUUUCCACUUGACCGCUGGCCAAUUCUCCCACUAUCUCAAGCUCAAGGCCGUUCGGUUAGUUCCAGCCUUUUUCGAAGCUCCUUACAGCGGCGCACAGUUACUAGACGUUGACUAUAGGCCCAUCCUCGAGUGUCUCCAGGGUGUAGUUGAGAUGGGUUCAAAAGAACAGGAUGAGUUUUGGCUAUAUGGUCGAUCCUCGGUAUUUUACGACAACAUCAUUUCGGCACAUAUGAACUCUAUUUACUAUGAGGACGAUGCCAGCAAGUCUAGCGCCACUGCGCCCGAAGACUUCAAGUACAGGACGUCUUGGUGCGCUUUAUUGGUAGCGGUAGAGAUGUAUGUCGAACAAGUUGUGACUCUAUGGUGUCCCUUGAAGAGGGAGAUACUACUUCACUCUUUAUGCAUCUUGCAGCGCGAUGUUACUUUUGCUAUGCGAAAGCCUGAGCCAUCACAACUUCCAGAGCUGAUAUUGUGGGAGUCGUUUAUUGGGCUGGUAAGCCUUCGUUGGCAUGAGAAGGAGGGGGAUAUGGACUUGGAACCUGGUUUGAGGCCGUUCUUUGAAGGGAUUGUAAGAGCUCAGAGCAAGGCGAUGGGACUACUUACGUGGGAAGAGGUGAGAGGGGUGUUCGUGAGUAUUCUAUGGCCCCGUUCAAGAAGCAAAGAUGAACAUAUGAGUAAGAUUUGGGAAACAGCUAUGACUGAUGUGGUUGAAUGUACGUAG